AUCCACAAAGGAGAGAAGCCCUAUCAAUGCACAGAGUGUGGAAAGAGCUUUACGUGGAAUUCUUCUCUUACCUGCCACAAAAGAAUCCAUACAGGGGAGAAACCAUAUCAGUGCAUGGAGUGUGAAAAGACGUUUACUCGUAGCAGUCAUCUUAAUUCCCACAAGAGGAUCCACACAGGGAAGAAGCCACAUCCGUGUAUGGAGUGUGGAAAGAGCUUUAGUAAGAGUAAAAACCUUGCCUGCCACAUAAGGAUCCACCCAGGCGAAAAGCCAUAUCAGUGUAAUGAGUGUGGAAAGAGCUUUACUUGUAGCAGUCAUCUUAAUUCCCACAAGAGGAUCCACACAGGGGAGAAGCCACAUCAAUGUAUGGAGUGUGGAAAGAGCUUUAGUAAGAAUAAUGAUCUUGCCUGCCACAUAAGGAUCCACUCAGGCGACAAACCAUAUCAGUGUAAUGAGUGUGGGAAGAGCUUUUGUGAGAGCAAAAGUCUGGCUAGCCAUAAAAAGAUCCACACAAGGGAGAAACCGUAUCAGUGCAUGGAGUGUGAGAAGAUGUUUACUCGUAGCAGUAAUCUUAAUUCCCACAAGAAGAUCCACAAAGGAGAGAAGCCCUAUCAAUGCACAGAGUGUGGAAAGAGCUUUGCGUGGAAUUCUUCUCUUACCUCCCACAAAAGAAUCCAUACAGGGGAGAAACCAUAUCAGUGCAUGGAGUGUGAAAAGACGUUUACUCGUAGCAGUAAUCUUAAUUCCCACAAGAGGAUCCACACAGGGGAGAAACCAUUUCAAUGCAUGGAGUGUGGAAAGAGCUACAGUAGGAGUUAUCAUCUUGCCUCCCAUAUAAGGAGCCACAGAGGCGAAAAACCAUAUCAGCGCAGUGAAUGUGGAAAGAGCUUUAGUGAGAGUAACAGUCUGGCUGUGCAUAAAAGGAUCCACACGGGAGAACCGUAUCAAUGCAUGGAGUGUGGGAAGAGUUUUAGAUUGAGUACCGUUCUAACUAGCCACAAAAGGACCCACUCGGGUGAAAAGCCAUAUCAAUGGAAUGAGUGUGGGAAGAGUUUUAGUACAAAUAAAACUCUAACUGUCCAUAAAAGGAUCCACAUAGGCGAGAAGCCAUAUCGAUGCAAGGAGGGUGGAAAAACCUUUACGUAUAAGAGUCAACUUAAUUAUCACAAGUGGGUACACAAAGGAGAGAAGCCUUAUCCAUGCAUGGAGUGUGGAAAGAGCUUUACUCGUAAUAGUCGUCUUAAUUCCCACAAGAUGAUCCAUACAGGAGAGAAGCCGUACAAAUGUGUGGAAUGUGGAGAGAGCUUUAGGUGGAAUUCUAAUCUUGCCUCCCAUAAAAGGAUCCACGUAGGGGAGAAGCCCUAUCAAUGCAUGGAGUGUGGAAAGGGCUUUAGUCAGAAUUGGAGUCUCAUUUCUCACAAAAGGAUUCAUACAGGCGAGAAGCCAUAUCAGUGCAUGGAGUGUGGAAAGACCUUUACUUGUAGCAGUACUCUUAAUUCCCACAAGAGAAUCCACACAGGAGAGAAGCCGUAUCAAUGCAUGGAAUGUGGAAAAACCUUUCUAAGUAGCAGUAAUCUUAAUUCCCACAAGAGGUUCCACACAGGAGAGAAGCCAUAUCAAUGCAUGGAGUGUGGAAAGACCUUUCAUUGUAGCAGUAAUCUUAAUUCCCACAAGAGCAUCCACACAGGAGAGAAGCCAUAUCAAUGUGUGGAGUGUGGAAAGAGCUUUAGGAAGAAUUCUGAUCUCAUUUCCCAUAAAAGGAUCCACACGGGAGAGAAGCCAUAUCAAUGUGUGGAAUGUGGAAAGGGUUUUAGGUGGAAUUCUGAUCUCAGUUCCCAUAAAAGGAUCCACACAGGAGAGAAGCCAUAUCAAUGUGUGGAAUGUGGAAAGGGCUUUAGGUGGAAUUGUGACCUCACCUCUCAUAAAAAGACCCAUACAGGAGAGAAGCCAUAUAAAUGCAUGGAGUGUGGAAAGGCCUUUACUUGUAGCAGUAAUCUUAAUUCCCACAAGAGCAUCCACACAGGAGAGAAGCCAUAUCAAUGUGUGGAAUGCGGAAAGGGCUUUAAGAAGAAUUGUGAUCUUUCUUCCCAUAAAAGGACCCAUAUGGGGAAAAAACCGUAUGAAUGCAUGGCGUGUGGAAAGAGCUUUGCGAGAAAUUACGCUCUUACUUGCCAUAGAAAGAUCCACCUAAGAGAAAGACCAUAUAAAUGUGUAGAAUGUGGAAAGGGCUUUAGCAGGAAUAGUAACCUUACUGCCCAUAAAAAGAUCCACACAGGGGAGAAACCAUAUCAGUGCAGAGAGUGUGGCAAGAACUUCAGAAUGAGUAGCACUCUAAGUAUCCAUAAAAGGAUCCACACAGGGGAGAAGCCAUAUCAAUGCAAGGAGUGUGGAAAAAGCUUUGCUUAUAACAGUCAGUGGAAUUAUCACAAGUGGAUACACAAAGGAGAGAAGCCUUAUCAAUGCAUGGAGUGUGGAAAGAGCUUUAGGAGGAAGAAUGAUCUUGCCUCCCAUAUAAAGAUCCACACAGGAGAGAAGCCAUAUCAAUGCAUGGAGUGUGGAAAGGGUUUUAGCAAGAGAGGUAAUCUUUCGUCCCACAGAAGGGUCCAUACAGGUGAAAAGCCAUAUCAGUGUAGU